AACAUCGGUCUGCGAUUUAAUGAAACUGUUACUCAAACGAUAGUGAAAUGAGAGAGAGCGCUCAUCGAAAGUGAAAUUCGUUUCGACGGUGGCGUGAUGUCAGACAUUUCACUCACGACUUCGUAAUAAACCAGUUAUCUUCACAGUUAUACAAUAAAUAUUUAAAUAAGUGAUUUUUAUUGAUAUUUUUUUAUCAGAUUGUUCCGUGUGUGUGUGUGUGAUAAAUCUAUACCUAGUGUGCGCAUGUGCGUUUGACAAGUUUAAAAUUGGAAUACAAAGAAGAGUAAACAUCUUGCCCGUCUCGGGUACUACAAGCUGGCGGCCGCAGUGCAAGCCGAUACGGAGCAGCGCCCGCGCAACGGACUUCACCAUCCACAUCCUAAGGAGAUCAGUAGAAAUAAAAACCCGACAAUGGACAGUGAUAGUCUAGUGCUAUGGAGGCGGCCUCUUACCACACUGGAAUAUUUCUUCAAGGAACUAUUCAUUUUGAUCUCUACAGGACUACAAAGGCUAUUAGCAUACAGACUGUUGGCACUGACGAUAUUUGUAGCAAUAUUAGGAACCGUUGUUUCUUAUUAUGUUAGCGGCCCACACCAGCCCUAUGUACAGGUGGUAAUAGCAACCCUAGCGUGGUGGGGUUGGUGGGUCGUGCUAGGAGUGUGUAGCUCAGUAGGUCUGGGCACGGGUCUGCACACGUUCCUCCUGUACCUGGGACCUCACAUCGCGAGGGUCACGCUAGCUGCGUAUGAGUGUGGAGCCCUCAACUUCCCUGAACCUCCUUAUCCUAAUGACAUAAUAUGUCCAGCACAGAUCGACCCUAACAACACGGUGUCGAUAUGGAACAUCAUGUCGAAGGUUCGCAUCGAGUCGAUGAUGUGGGGAAUAGGCACGGCCCUGGGGGAGUUACCGCCAUACUUCAUGGCUCGGGCCGCGCGCCUCUCCGGCGGGGGCGUCGCCGAGCUGGCUGCUAAUGAUGAUUCGAGGACUGGGAGGGCAAAAAUAAUGUUGCAGAAACUAGUCCAGAAAGUUGGUUUCGCUGGUAUCCUGGCUUGUGCAUCCGUGCCCAACCCAUUAUUCGACCUUGCUGGGCUAACGUGUGGACACUUUUUAGUUCCAUUCUGGACAUUCUUUGGGGCCACGGUUUUGGGUAAAGCGGUCAUCAAGAUGCAUAUACAAAAGAUGUUUGUUAUCAUCGCUUUUAAUGAAACUUUGGUCGGGCAAGUCCUUUCCUGGGUAGAAAGGAUACCAUAUGUAGGGCCUAAACUCGAAGCUCCAUUAUUGGAAUUCCUUCGCAACCAAAAGGCAAGACUACACAAAAACGACUCCGCAGCGCCCAUAGAGAACCAGGGCUCAGUUCUAUCGAGUCUACUAGAGAAGUUUGUGUUGGCAAUGGUCGUAUACUUUGUAGUUUCUAUAGUAAAUGCGCUUGCGCAGAACUAUAGCAAGCGAGUUGGAAAGAAGAAGGGAAAGAAACGGGAAUAGGGAAUGCGGACGCCGGGCGACGCGCUCUGUGCUAUCGCGCGUCGGCGGCCGUCGGAUCGCAUGCGCCGGCGCAGGUAGUAGAGACUCGCGCGGUCACGUGACACAUGUGACACACUGCCACCUACCGUUCCAAUGGCGAACUAUAUUUUAUUAAAGUAAAUAUAAAAAUUAAAUUAAGCAUUAUAAUUAUUACAAUAAAAAUAUUGGUCAAAUUAACUAACCCUAUAUAACCUUAAUGCUAAAGUCGUAUUAACGAAUAAUAAAUAUCUAUUUUCCAUAAAAGAUUGCAUCGAAAUAGUCUAUCCGUUCUUGAGUUAUGAUGCUAAAUUAUGACAUCCCUAGUAUUAGGGAUAUAUGCAAAAAUAUCGUAUUAAUUACACAUACUGUAAAAGAAUAAAGCACAAUUCGUGUUUGAGGAUUCGCAACUCGAAAACGGCUGGACAUAUUUCCGCAAAAUUCGUUCAUUUUCUCCCAAAAAUGGAGAUUAGAAUUUCAGAAUUUGAUUAGAACAUAAAAAAAUACUUUUUUUUAAAUAAUUUUCUGAUUGAAGCGUCACCAAAGGUCGCCAUUGAUUAUAAACGGUAGGUGUUUGCGCAAUAACUAGCUAAUAUAUUGUUAUAUAGAAUUAUUUAUAAGGUGCGUAUAUAUAGUGUUCUCUCUUUCUCUCUCUCUCCUAUAUAAAUUGAACUUCUGUUGUCAUCAUGUACGAAUAUUCAAACGUUGUAUUGAAUUUUAGAUACACGUUAAACAAUGUUUUUUCAAUUUUGUCUUACAUACACGACAAUCAACGGGUUAAUUGAUUUCCUU